AAAAUCAAAUUUGUGGACCAAAAUGACGCCAACUCAUCCACAAAACCAAUGACGACCCGUUUUUAGAUUUAUUUACAUCCCUCACAUAAUCUUUUAGUACCAAAAUUUCCAAGGCCAAGAAAAACCAAACCUCGUUAUUUACAACCCCCAAGCCCACCCCACCCCACCAAUCUGUCAUUAGAUUUUUAGGCGGGCUGUCAGAGAUAUUUUUCUUCAAGAAAACCAAAAGGGUGAAUUAUUUGUUGACCCAUUUUGAAGUUUAUGUAAAAUGGGUGAAGCAGCGAUGAUGGCAAGUGGAGGAGGAGGAGGAGAUGAUCUAUGUUUGCCAAAGAUGGUGCUUAGGGUGUUGUUGGUAGAAGCUGAUGAUUGUACUCGUCAGAUUAUUGCUGCUCUGCUUCGUAAAUGUAGUUAUAGAGUUGCUGCUGUUCCUGAUGGUUUGAAGGCAUGGGAGACACUAAAGGAAAGGCCUCAUAACAUAGACCUUGUAUUGACUGAGGUUGAGCUGCCGUCAAUAUCUGGAUAUGCACUGCUUACUUUGAUUGUGGAGCAUGACAUGUGCAAAAACAUACCUGUUAUAAUGAUGUCCUCCAAAGAUUCCAUUAGUACAGUCUUGAAAUGCAUGGUGAAAGGAGCUUCCGACUUUCUCAUUAAGCCUGUAAGGAAAAAUGAGUUGAGGAACCUGUGGCAGCAUGUUUGGAGGAGAAAAACUCAACAUUCGAGGAGCGGUCCUGAGACCAAAGUUGUUGAAAAUGAGAAAAUUGUAGCAGCCUCUGAGAAUGACACAGCAAGUAACUAUUCUAGCGAUAAUCUCGCUUCUGGUCAAAGAGGAAAUGACAAAGGUUGCGAGGUACAAGACGUUACAAAUAUUAGACAUAGAGAUGCUUCAAAUAUGUGCAGUGAUGGAAGACCUGCAGAUUGCGUUGAAAUCCAAAGAUCAUUUGUGCCAAAAAGUAAACCACUAGCAAACAUGACCAGCUCUGGAAUGAGAACUUCUUCCGGCACUGCACCUGACAGCUCAGUUGCUAUUGGUUCAGAAGAAGGCACUCUUUGUGCCAAACCAAGGGUUACUGUCAAUGAAGUGCAGCAAGGAUGUUAUAGUGCAAAUACAUAUACUGCUGAUGAAGUUCAUCGCCAUUUGAAUGAGCUCUAUUCUGCACCGUAUACUGAAGCUGUUGACUUGAUGGGGAAUUUUGAAAAUCACUUGGCUGAUAGUUACGACCAUUCUCAUGACAGUAAAGAGAAAUCAAAUCUCGCUUCCAGGCUGGAACUAUCUUUGGGAACCUUUAAUCACAGUUGCUUAAACGAUGAAGCGUCCUGGGAGCAGAACAUGAUAAGUCAGUCAAAAGCAUCCGCCUUUUCUAAAUAUGAAAAUAAGAAGACACUGCCACCUCUUUUCUCUGGAUGGACUAGCAAUUCAGCUCCAUUGAAGGAAGGGUCUAGUGCCUCUACUUGGCAGCAUGAUGAAUCAUUGACUGCGAGCCAGGAAAACGAAACAGCUCUGGUUAUGCACCAACCAGGAAAUUGUAGAGUUGCAACAUCGGGCACCCAAGUGAGUUUCAUUCCAGUUGACAAGGACAUUCACAUAAUUGCUUCAGUGUCCAAUACACAAUCAGGUUCUCAACAAGUACAGGGCUCUCGAUCACAGUCUCCUCUUCCAUCGAGUUCUUUGACUUACUCAACUUCCGGAGUACAAAAUCUGGAGCAUGACAAGCAACCAUUUGAUGAUACUACAGUUCACUCUGAGGAUAACGCGGGAGAAGCAGAUAACAGAAAUUUAGGAACAGUUGAAAAGACAAGAUAUGAUACUGCAACUUGUGAAUCUAGUGAUAUGGCAAGUGGCGUGAAAAAUAAGCUGAGUAGCUCUCAUUGCGGAAGUAUUUCUGAUGAAGCUGUAGAAAGUUUCUUUCGAGUUGCAAGUCCAGAGAGAGCUCCUGUUUCUGAGAGUGUGAAUCACAAUGACAUCCUAAUUCAUGAUAGGACGAGAUCAGAGAAUCAUAACACCAGCCAAAGGGAAGCAGCACUCAUGAAGUUUCGGUUAAAACGAAAAGACAGGUGCUAUGAGAAAAAGGUUCGAUAUGAAAGCAGGAAAAGACUUGCAGAGCAGCGACCGCGAGUUAAAGGACAGUUUGUUCGUCAGCUGCAAGACGGAACCCAGCCUUCAUCGAAGGACUAGGAUGAAAUGCGGUUAGUCCAUGAUAAAAUUUAGUUUUUAGGCAAAUGUAGCAUAGUCAUGAAAGAUAGAUACAGGUUUGUAGUAUUAUUGUGUGUGUAUGUGUUUGUGUGUAUGGUCGUAAGCUUGUUAGGGGAUUGAUGAUAGUUGCAAUUCAAGAUGUUCCAAUUUUUUCUUUGGUUCUUUGUUUAUGUACUUAGCUAAGUAUAGGUGAAACUUGUCUUGAAUUUGAAAGGAAGUUUGAAAAGUUUGAUGGUGAAAUGAGUUUGAAAAGUUUGAUGGUGAAAUGUGCUAGUAUUUGUAGUUUUGGGACACGGAAUUUGAGAAUUCAUUUGAUUUGUGCAUUAUGUAAAUAGUUGCACAAGAAUAUUAACCGGAGGACUCCUUAGUGCUAUUUUUAUUACAAUCCUUACCAUUUCAAAUAAAUAAGUGCAUAGUGAGGAGAGUGCUCCGGCAAUGAUAAAGUUUUCUCUACGUGAUUUAUAAGUUAUGGGCUUGAGUCAUGAAAGCGAAUAAUAGGUUGUUUGUAUCACACACCUUUUGAAUGUGGUCCUUCCCUGAACUCGUUGUAAAAGUGAAAUGCACUGUAAAGUUAUUUAUGUAAUUUAUAAGUUAUAGAUAUGAACAAUAAAAGCGGAGAACAAAUUAUUUAUAUCACUCUUUAUAUGCAAUUUUCCCUGAAACUCGAUGUAAAUACGAAAUGCGUUUUGCACUAAAGUGUACAUUUGAUAUGCAAUUUGGUGUACUUCCAAGAAAUAAAGCAAAACUCUCAAAUUGCUCCACGGCAAGUCCAAUUACAACAAUACUUACCAAAAAACCAAGUGUCAUGAAACUAGGUCCCAAAAAUGGUGACAAUAGUAUAGCAAUUGCAAUUUCUAGGUGUCAUCACAUCAUAAGACUCCACCGUUUACACAACACAAAAUUACACAUUAGUCGGCAACUAGCCAAGAAUCCUUCCUAAGCUAAAGUAAAAAAACAAAAAAGAAUUUCAAUUGAAAACAACUAAUAGCUAGCAAAGAAAGAACCUAAUUCUCCUCUUUUCCUUUCUUUUUCUACCAUAGAUUCUGUCUUUUCAUUCCACUUUUUCUUCUUUGUUCUUUCCCCACCAUCACUCACUUAACAAUUCAACACUACUAACUCUUCUUUGCUAAAUCUAUUUGGUUUUAAUUACACUCAUCAUUUCAUUGCUUAUGUAAAGUUGAGGAUAUCUAGUUUAUAGACCCAAUGAGCCAAAUUUCAGUCUGGCUGGUGCUGCCAUCUAUGAAUUAAAUGUAACAACCCCUCCUUAUUUGUCCACCAUCAUGCAAUUCACAGUGUUGGCAAGAAAUCCAAACAGGAGAGUUCGAUUGGAUUAUGACCAACUUUCAGCUCUUGUUUACUACAAGAGUCAACCAAUUACACCUCCAAUGAUGCAACCGCCUUUAGUUCAGGUAAAA